UAGAUGACCCAAGCACAAGAGAACAAACAAUUAAGCCAAUAUAGCAUUCUACUCCAGCUAUUUAUGGACCACUUUUGACACAUCCUCAAUGCUAAGCAGGCAAAAACAUGAUGAAAUUAAGAUUGUUUAUUGGGCUAAUUCUUUCUUAUUGCCUCUUGGCACUGCUUCCUUUUGGUGAAGCUAAUCAAGCUGAUAGCCUUGAAAGGCUGCUUCAAUCCAGAAGAUCACAAAAUCCUCCUAUUUCACAUCCUUGGUCUGAACUACAUGCCAAAACUGAAUACCCUGCCAUACACGCUGAGCCUCGAGAUGGGCUAAUGCAAGCUGACAAGAUUGUAGCUUUGCCUGGCCAACCUGAUGGUGUGGAUUUUGACCAGUACUCAGGAUAUGUGACAGUCAAUCCAAAGGCUGGAAGAGCAUUGUUCUAUUAUUUUGUGGAGUCCCCUCAGAACUCUUCAACAAAGCCUUUGGUUCUGUGGCUUAAUGGAGGACCUGGAUGUUCCUCUCUUGGUUAUGGAGCCAUGGAAGAAUUAGGACCUUUUAGAGUAAAUAGUGAUGGAAAAACACUCUUCAGAAAUAAUUAUGCUUGGAACAAUGUGGCAAAUGUGAUCUUCUUGGAAUCCCCUGCUGGGGUUGGCUUCUCAUACUCAAAUAUGUCUUCUGACUACGAACUCGCCGGCGAUAAGAGUACUGCGGAUGAUGCCUAUGCAUUUCUUGUCAAUUGGCUUGAGAGGUUCCCACAUUACAAGACCAGAGAUUUUUUCAUAGCAGGAGAGAGCUAUGCUGGUCAUUAUGUACCUCAGCUUGCAUACACAGUUCUGCAGAACAACAAGAAAACAAAUCAUACCAUCAUUAAUCUGAAAGGCAUUGCGAUAGGAAAUGCAUGGAUUGACGAUUUUACAAAUGCAAUGGGACUAUAUGAUUAUAUAUGGACUCAUGCUUUAAGCUCAGAUGAAGCAAAUGAAGCUAUCCACAAGUAUUGUUACUCUGGAGGCAAUCAUUCGGAAGAAUGCUACAACUCAAAAUUGAAAGCCUUACUUGAGAAGGGUCCUAUCGACUUUUAUAACAUUUAUGCCCCACUUUGCCAUGCAACCGCACCCAAUGGGUCAACUGGUUCUGUCUAUUUCUUCGACCCCUGCUCAGACAUCUAUGUAGAAUCUUAUCUGAAUACUGCAGAGGUGCAAACUGCUUUGCACGCAAAUCUCACAAAAUGGAGCCAUUGCAGUGGCUUUAACUGGACUGAUAGCCCAGUUACCAUUCUACCUGUUAUCAAGAAUCUAAUGGCAAGUGGUAUCAGAGUCUGGAUAUACAGUGGUGACACUGAUGCACGUGUGCCAGUUACAUCAUCUAGGUACUCAAUAAACAGUCUCAACCUUCCCAUCAAGACCCCUUGGCGGCCCUGGUACACCAACAAAGAGGUUGGAGGGUAUGUGGUAGCAUAUGAAGAUGUGACAUUCGUGACAGUAAGAGGAGCAGGACAUCUAGUUCCAAGUGACCAACCAGAGCGUGCACUCACCAUGAUUUCGUCAUUCCUGCAAGGAAGUCUCCCUCCUUCCUCACCAUGAUCUCCCCUGCUUCUACCCACAAGGUACUGAAGACAAAGCCCAGUGGACAUUGGACUGGGAUUUUGGAGUUCAAAUUUGUAGAGUGUCCAAAGUUGUCAUCUCCUCAGCAAUGCAUAUAGAUAGGGCUCACAAAAGUCAUAUUAUGUAUUUUGUGCAUUAUAAUUUGUUAUUAUGUUAUAAUGUAAAUUAUGAAAUUGUAUUUAAUGUGUAUGUGAUGUAUAUUAAUAAAUUAGCUUUUUCAUAUGUAAUUAAUUUUUAUAUCAUGUAAAUUAUGAACUUAUGUAAUUAGUUUAUUAAUUAUGUAAAUUAAUAAAGUUUGAGAAUUUUGAUA